UGAGUUGUGUUUCUCUCGGAGCUGUUGUCGCUCUCUUCACUCUGCACGUUUGCAGUCAGGCGUUGAAGGAACUCUGGAGGAUUUCAGUGCUUUUGCGUUCCUGCUGGAAAGGGCUCUGUUGUCUAUAAUCUUGUUCUUUUCUGGAGCAAAAAGCUUUACAAGGAGAAUAUUUGGUCAGUUCUCUGUAUCGUUUUAAUGCCAACGACAUGGAAAAACGUGGAAUAAAGCAUCCAAAGUAGCUGAAGGACUGAACUGGCGUGCCUCCUGCUCUCACUCCACCACACAACAGCACGUUUGGAAGCCAAGCUCAAUGGCCAAGUGGUUGAAAGACUACCUGAGCUUUGGCAGAAAGGUCCCUCCACAGCCACCCACGCCAGACUACACAGAGAGUGAGAUCCUAAAAGCAUAUCGGCUCCAGAGGGACCUUGAUUUCGAAGAUCCUUAUGAAGACUCAGAGAAUAGGUCAAGAGGGGAGUCUGGGACCUCUGACCCUGUCACACCAGUGUACGGGUCUCCUAUGAAGUCAUCCAGUGUGGACAUGAAGUCUCCUAAACACAGACUGAUCAAAGUGGACUCCCAGGAACUGGGGCGCACCAAGAUUCUUCUCAGUGCUAUCUCUUUGGAAGAUCAACAAGAGCCUGUGGUGCCGUCAGCUCCAUUGGCAAGGGACACAGAUUAUUCUGACCCAUUUGACGCUCGAUUGGACCACCGACCAGAGCCGGAUAUUGGACCCAUUCCCUGUGAAAAUAAUGGUUACAUGGAACCAUAUGAGGCCCAAAGGGUCAUAACAGAGCUGCAGCGUGGCCCUGGAGGAGGACGAACACGUGGAGGAGUGCAGCUCUACGAUACUCCCUAUGAAGAUGAGCGAGGACAGCGUCGAGGUUAUGUGUUUGGGGAACUUCAGGAAGAGGGCAAGGAGAGCAGCAGGCUGCCGCAAGAUGAUGAGAGACCAGCAGACGAGUAUGAUCAACCCUGGGAAUGGAAAAAAGACCAUAUCUCCAAAGCCUUUGCAGAAAUGAGGGAGUUGUCGGAGUUGCCCUGGCCUGCCCCAGUGGGUCAGCUGGAGGAGGAGCCCCCCGUCAGAGAGCAAGUGCAGUUUGAUGGUGCCGAGUGGGAUCGCUCAUCACCGCCUGCAGAGCGGUUGCGUCCUCCCGGGCCUAGGUCCAGCCCGCUGGCGGGAGGGGGAAUGAAGUUUCGAAUACCUCAUGAAGGUUCAGCAAUGGUGGGAGAAAGAGUGGACCCUACGUUGCCUCUGGAGAAGCAGGUAUGGUACCACGGUUCACUAUCACGUUCAGAGGCAGAGUUGCUGCUAACGCUAUGUAAAGAGUGCAGUUACCUGGUGAGGAACAGUCAGACCAACCGCUCUGACUACUCCCUAUCCCUACGGAGCUGCCAGGGUUUCAUGCACAUGAAGUUCACACAGUGUAAAGAUGGCAAGUAUGUGCUGGGACAGAACAGCCCGCCCUUUGACACCAUCCCAGAGGUUAUCUACUUUUACACCACACACAAACUCCCAAUCAGAGGUGCCGAGCACCUGUCCCUGCUGUACCCCGUGCAGGUGCAGACACUCUGACUGACUUGGACGCUCUUCCUGGACCUCCAGGAUUUCAUUGUGAUCACACUGAAAAAUGAAUGUUAAACUGGAUCAACCCAGCAGAGCAACAAUGCUCUCUUGCUGUUUUACUGCAUUUUAUUUUAUUUUAUUUUUUAAUGAUUCAACACAUCAGGGGCUUAUGCCCUCAGCCACCUUUGCUGUUGCAUCUGUGCCAACUGUCUUUAACAUACUGGGGAUCAAUUCACAUGAAAUGCAAUACUUGAACCUCAGGCACCUUUACUGUAUCUCCUUUCUCUCAUCUCGGUGCUCAACCAAGCGGGGUGACUUCAGGACAUCUGAAACACUCCACUGCAUUGACUGUCUUUCAGCUGAUGAAAAUGCAUUGGAAAUUAGCAGAGCCUUUGCCAGGCGAAAGUCUGUAUAUUCUGAAUGUACUGAGGCUCCAGUUUACAGAAGAUGUGCAGAAGACUGAGAUUAAAUUAUUGCUGUUCCUCAUAAACACCUGGACAGUGGUUUAAAUAUUGCUGUUGUUAGGUUAAAACCUUGAAAAUCAAAUUUUGCUGAUUUUCUUUUCAAUAAAUAUUUCAACUGAAAAUUGAAUCUACAGCAUGAGAUGAGAAAUCAUCUUAUACUGGGUCACCUUGGGAGGUCUUUUGUGAAAAGUAAAUAUUUAAUGGCUGUUUUGAAUAAGGCAAGGUUUUUACCAACAUCAGUUAUAUUUUUCAUCCUUUUUUUUAAUUUUACAGAAAACGGCUCGAUUGUCCUUUAAUUUCUUUUCUCUUUUUUUUUUGUUUUUUGUUUGUUUUUACCCUCACCCCGUCUGGUUCAUGCUGUUUGUUGGGGGUUGCUUGACACAUGUAUGUGUUACUUGUUGAUUGUUCAUCAUAACCAAAAAAAAAGGGGUAGUGUUGUAUUGGUACUGUUGACUUUUAUCUCUUGUUGCCUGCCUGUGUUGCUUUUGAAUUUGUUAAGCCAACCUGUUGUUACUGUCCCAUGACUGACUGAAGGAUCAGAUAAACAUGGAAACUGAUCUGUACGCUACAUCUGAAGCAAAGAGAUUAAAGAUUAAAAUUUUCAAACUUUA